AUGCGAGCAGUGCAACAACAAUUGCUGCUCUCAACAGCAACAACAGCAACAGUGGCAACAACCCCCGUGGCAAUAGCAGCAGCAGCGCCAGUUGUUGUUGUUGCAACAACGUCGACGUCGGCGUCAGCGUCAGCGGGUGCGUCACCAACACCUGCUGCUGUUGCAACAACCGCACGCAACAUUCACCUGCGACCGCCGCAACCGUUAAACAUUUCCUCAUUAAUUGCUGCAACAGCAACAGCAACAAAUGCAACAACAGCAGCAACGGGAAUCGCAGCAAGUCGAGCAGCGUCAACAGCAACAACAUUACUCAACAUUGCCACGACCCCUAUUAAACCCCUGACACCACUGACGCCCAAUGGCAACAGCAACAGCAACAACAACAACAACAACAGUUUGCAUCAUCACACCUACACCAAUCAACAUAUGCUCGCCAGCAGCAGCAACCAACACCAACAGCAACACCAACAGCAACACCAACAGCAACAGCAGCAACAUCAUCAACUCUUCAACAACAGCAAUCAUCAUCAGCAACAUCUUCAUCAUAAUAUCAACAACAACAAUAACAAUAAUGUCAACAAUUACAGUCAUUGUAACAAUUUAAAUUUGAACGGCAACUCAAUGUUGCAGGCGAGUGUAAAACACACUAGUAAACAUGGACCAGGACCACGUGAAGUCCUCACGAGUUUAGGAUUACUCUGCCUCGUAUCACUGUUGCUGGCGCUAUUGUCGCUGAUCUUCCUGCUGAAGAUCUCGCCGAAUAGUCGCGAGGAUGCGCUGACCAGGAGCAUAUCCAGUGAGGAUUUCAACAUUGUCUACGAUGUGACAUUGGCACUGUGUGCAUUGUCGCUGUCAUUGAAUUUAUGUUGUCUGUUGGUUUGCGCCAUACAAUUUCUGUUUGCUGUCAAGUUGUUGAGAUCCCCGAUGUUCGAUGGCCGUGAUAAUAAGUAUUUGGAAAAGUCGAGUGCAAGUCGAACUUGUGCUGUGAGUGGAUUCUUUAUCUCAAUACCCGUAUUUCUCACCGGCAUUAUACUCUACACAUUUAAUCAUUUCCAUUCGACGCCAGCGAUUAUAACGAGUGUUUUAAUUGGCAUUGGAAUUGUAUUUUGUGGUGGUGCCAUGGUGCAUAAUGUCUUUGUCUGGCAGAAGGAGAAAACAAUUAGUUAUCGCAGUCCACCAAAUAUGUCCUUGCUACUGCCACCUGUACCACUUCCGGUUCCGGUUCCGAUUCACAGUCAAGCCCAGAAUCAUUCCAUUUAUUCGCUACAUCAUCAUCAUCAUCCCACAUCUUUAACUCCAGUUUCACCAAAUCAUUCACAUGGCAGUUUUAAUCCUUUACUUAGCAAUAAUAAUAAUAAUAUCAUCAAUUCACCAUUUUUGGUCUGUCGACCGGCAACUGCCACGCCUCCAACGCCCAAACAAUCUAUUCCCCUGCCUAUUACCAUUGCCAAUUCCAAUUCCAAUCUAUUGGUUAAUUCCCUGGCCAAUGGCAGCUGUUUAAUGGGACGCGAGACAAGUGGUUCCAUUAGUCCGGGGAUUCCCCCCACGCUGGACAUGAGCAACAUUACAAAUAUUUCACUACACGAAUUAUCCACGCUGGUUUAGUUCCCAAACGCAGUUCCAGUUCCAGUUCUCCACCCAAAUUAGAUAUAUUACCUAUUCAUUAAUUAGUUGUUAAUUAAAAAAAAACUUUAGUUUAUAAACAAAACAACCACCGUAAAAGUCCUGAAUGUCCUGCUUGCCGUUUACAAUGUUUGAAAAUGUUGUAGAUUUGGGUGUAACGAUUCCUUUUCGCAAAAUAUGGUAACCCUAAUUUGUAGUCUCAGCGAGAAACCAUAGUUGGACAAAUUUUGUGUUUUUAUCAGGGACGGUAAAAAAUAAUAAUUUUGUUAUUUUUUUCUCAAGGAAAAAUUAU